AUGUCGACAGGUGUACAUGUACCUACGCCCAGAUAUCGAUUACCUUGUGUCUCAGCUUUGAUGCUGAUUAUUGUCAAUGUUUUCUUCCACUUGAAGAGCAAUCCUGAGCAGAGUGCAACAAGAAUGCCAUCGGUGGGAACUAGAAUUGUUGGUGAAUCCGGCAGUCAAUACAUCAUUGAACGGAUUCUACAGGAAAGGGGAAAUACACCAGAUAUCCGUGUUUACCUAGCAAAUAACGGAACGGAGAAAUUUAUAUUGAAAAAUGUCUACGAUUUCGAUUACUACCAUGACCUUUACCGUCGCCUCUCUAGCUCUCCUUGUCUCCGCUUGUUGCAUGAUAUUGUGCCAAAUCGAUCAAUAUUCGUCUACGAAUACCUUGCCGACCAUCUUCUCAACGUAGCCAAAAAAGAUAUACCCCUGGUGGCCACCAAGCGAAUCCUCAGAGACGCGUUGCGUGGACUCAGAGAGCUGCAUGAUCGGGAUAUCGUCCAUACAGACAUCAAAGCAAACAACAUCCUGAUUGACUGGAAAGAUGAGAACGGGGAAAUAGCCAUUACCCGGGUACAGCUGGCUGAUAUCGAGGAUAGCGCAGUUGUACCCCCUAACUGUGACAUCCUCGGGAAAGCUGUGGGAAACUGGAUGUGGCGUAGCCCCGAAGCCCAUGCGGAGUCCCGUGUGAAUAAGCCCUCUGAUACAUUCUCCUUUGGCAUUGUGUGCAUCUGUGCAGUCUUGAAGCACGUCAUCUUGGCGGUGGAUGCAAAGGAACUUCCUGAAGGUGUGGAUGUUCAAGCGAUUGUUCUCCAGCGUCAACUCUCAUAUUUUGGGAAUGACGAGUCUGUUGCUGCAUUAUUGAAGCACAUUGGUGACGAAAGUCCUUGGUGCACGGUGAUCAAUGUACUUUGGAAAGGAUUCGAUGAGACUACUCCUCGUGAACCGUUUGCGUUGUGGAAGGGUGUGGACCCGGUGUUUAAAGAUCUAAUUGCGGGUUUAACAGAUCUUGAUCCGAAAAAAAGGCUUACUGCCCAAGGGGCCUUGAAACAUCCAUGGUUCCAGGGAACUGAGGAUUCAAUAUGA